CAACUACAUCCAAACCAAUCAUAUAUAAUCCUCCAAGCUUUCGCUGGUUAGGACACAAGGAAUAUAAACUCGCUACCUACUAAUACCACCACCAAAAAGAUCAAACCGGCAGCCACAUCAAUGCGGGUCAACGUCCAAGAAACCGCAAUAAUCUACCCCUCUAAAUCUCCUUUUGAUCAAGACCAUGUCUUGUCACUAUCUCACCUUGACACUGAUCGGAACCUCUGCGUCAGCUUCCGUUACCUCCGAGUCUAUGUUAACACCCAUGGCCGUAACCACCACCAUCCCGAUCCCUUCCACGUCAUCACCACUGCCCUCUCCACUGUCCUUGUCCACUACUAUCCCUUCACCGGCACUCUCCGCCGUCGCCACGUUGAUGGCCGGCUCGAGCUACAUUGCAUAGUGGGCCAAGGAGUGCCAGUAAUCCGGGCCACCGUGGACUGUCCGUUAGAUUCGGUUAACUACCUUGAUGACCCGCAUGAGGAAUUUGUUGAAGGGUUGGUACCCGACCCAAAAUCCGAAGAAGGUACCACUAGCCCAUUUAUUUUACAGGUUACUGUUUUCAACUGUGGCGGGUAUGUUCUCGGGGCUAGGCUGCACCAUUCAAUGUGUGACGGACUUGGGGCAACCCAGUUUUUCAAUGCCAUGGCAGAGGUGGCUCGUGGGGCGAGUCAGUUAGCAGUUGAGCCGGUUUGGGACCGGAUGAGUUUGCUUGGGCCAAGGGACCCGUGCCGGGUGGAAUUUCCCAUUCACGAGUUUUUGAGAUUGGAUAAAGGGUUUUCACCGUAUACUCAAUCGGGUAAACAGGUGAUUGGUGAGUGUUUUCAUGUGGAAGAACAGUGGUUGGACCGGUUCAAGGGGUUAAUCCGUGAACGUUCCGGGUCGAGUUUUACAACAUUUGAAGCAUUGGGUGCGUUUAUAUGGCGGGCAAGGGUCAAGGCCUCUGGGUUUCCAAGUACUGAGAAGGUGAAGUUUGCCUACUCAAUCAACAUAAGAAAGCUAGUAAAGCCUUCCCUACCUGUUGGCUACUGGGGCAAUGGCUGUGUUCCAAUGUACGUGCAGCUCACCAGAGAAGACCUCGUGGAGCAACCCAUCUGGGAAACAUCUUUGUUGAUCAAGAAGAGCAAACACAAUGCAACUGAUGAGUACGUGCGCUCGUUUAUCGACUUUCAGGAGCUUAAUUAUGAUAGAGGGGCCACGGCAGGGGUGCGAGUGAGUGGAUUUACUGAUUGGAGACAUUUAGGCCACUCCUCGGUGGAUUUCGGAUGGGGAGGUCCAGUAACUGUCUUGCCUCUCUCCAGGAACCUGCUUGGGUGUGUUGAGCCUUGCUUUUUCUUACCUUAUUCUUUGGCAAAAGGGAGGAAGGAUGGGUUCAAGGUGUUAGUUUGUUUGCAAGAAGAUGCGAUGCCUGCUUUCAAGGUAGAGAUGGAUAAGUUUAGUAGGCAAGAGUUUGAGUUAUCUUGAUUUUACUUGGCAACUCCUGUUGUAUGGUGUUGAAUCUUUUGAUAAGGGCUUGAUGAACAUGAAGUUGUUCAAUUUAUGCUAAUAAUUGAGGAAGAAGAAAACAAUAAAGGAAUAAGCAAGGGAGCUUUGUGUACGGGUCGCCAUCUUUUAAUAGUUUCAUUAUCCAGAGUUUGUUCUUGAUUUUAUAAACACCCAAAUUCAAAUGAGCAUUUGAUGGAAUUUUCCUAUUUUGUUGGUGGCUUACUACAUCACUGUUUGAUUACACAACUUUGAAGCAUGAGGGAUGG